UUUUCCAAUUUUGUAAUGUCCUUGUCCUGUCCCCAUUAACUUUCCUUGUCCUUGCAUAUACCUUCCCUUUCAACUUCGAAACAAUCCCAGGAAAAGCAAAGCAACCACGACCGAAAACGAAAGCAUCUCCCUCUCCCUUAAGCAAACAAUCUUUAACCCUCGAAACCAAGUCACGCACUUCGACCCUCUCAUCUUCUCUCUCUUCACCGCCAUUCAAUCAUUGAUUCUCCCAUGGACGAAUCAGAGCAAUACCCGAAGGAGUAUUACCCGAACGCAAGCGAGCGAGUGACGAGAAGGGCAUCCUCCUCGGGCUCGUCCUCCACGACGAGCGUGCACGUGACGGCGCUGGACGGGCUCGUGAACGUGAACUCGCUCUUCACGAUCGCGGUGUUCGUGGGCCUGUCUCUGACGACGCCGGGCCAGCGGAGCCUGGAGAACCGGUCGUCGUGCGACGCGGGCCUGGACGUGGCGAAGAAGCUGCUGGUGUUCGAAGUGGUGUCGUUUAGCUUCUUCCUGUUUUCGUCGCUGGUGGCGCAGGGGCUGAAGCUGGCGCUGAACCUGCUCAACAGCAAGGACGUGGACGAGGCCUUCCGGGCCCACAUCAACCUCAAGGCCCUCAGGCUCGGCAUGUUGGGCUCCGCUAUUGGGUCCGUUAUGGGCUGCCUCUUCCUGGUCCUGUCCAUGGUCAACGUCAUCGAGAUCCGCUUGGGGAUGCUCUCGUGCGGAAGCAAAGCCGCCGCGCACGCUGUUGCUGUUAUGGUCGUCUUGGUCUCUUCCGCUCUCCUGCUUUAUAUUUCUACUGCUAUUUAUGCUUUUACCCACUGAAAUUCAAGACUAGAUUUCUUGUUUUAUGUGAUUUUUUUUUUUUUUUUUUAAUAUGGUUUUGGGGUUUUAUGUUGGUAGAGAGAAGGGUUUGCUCGAACCGUGUUGGAGCGAGCAAGUGGGGACUAGAGAGACAUGAUUUAGUGUGGUUCUCUCUUGUUUGGUUACUUUUAUUGAAGAUAAAAAAAGAAAUAUUUCCGGAAAAUUGAUUUUGUUAUUGGUUUUGCCACGAAUUUA